AAAUAUAUGCAUCCUGAUACCUAUGUCCAUAUUACAAUCUUUGUAUUACCCUCUAUAUGACAAACAAAACACCAGACGACGUAGUCAUGACACUUAAAUGAGAGUGAUAGAGUAGAAAGACAUGAUAGUGAAUUCUAUAUAAGAUUCCAGCUUUUGUUCAUCGAAUUCCCCAAGAAACGGCUUUGGCUUUUCAUUAAUACGAUUCUCCUUUUUUUCAUUCCCACCAACCACUUUUCUGUUGUGAGCUAUAACGUACAUACCUAUAUAUAAAUAAGACUCCUGGCACUCUAUCAAGUAUCUGUUUAAGCAUGCCAAUGCCAUCUCCUACACUAAAAUCUUGGUAUUCACCAACAAAAGAAUCAAAAAAUGAACAAAAAGCAUUGGUAUUCGAUGCAUCCCUUCUUCAACAUGAAUUAAACAUACCAGCACAGUUCAUAUGGCCUGACCACGAAAAGCCUUCUGCUGAUCAGCCACAGACACCUCCACUUGUUGUGCCUCCCAUUGACUUGAAAGGCUUCCUCACUGGCGAGCCUGAUGCUAUCUCAAAUGCCAUAAAGCUCGUAGAUGAAGCCUGUCGAAAGCAUGGGUUUUUCCAAGUUGUCAAUCAUGGAAUUGAUUCAAAACUUAUAAAUGAAGCUCACAAGAACAUUAGCGGUUUCUUCGGAUUGCCACUCUUGGAAAAGCAAAGAGCACAGAAAAAGGCUGGUGAUGUUUCUGGAUAUGCUAGCAGCUUUACUAACAGGUUUUCCUCAAAGCUUCCGUGGAAAGAAACACUUUCUUUUCGAUAUUCUGCUGAUCAACAAUCUGCUUACAAAGUUGAAGAUUAUUUCUCAAGUGUAAUGGGAGAAGAAUUUAGACAAUUUGGGAGGAUUUGCCAAGAAUAUUGCGAAGCUAUGAGCAAUCUGUCUCUUGUUAUCAUGGAGCUUCUUGGAAUGAGCCUUGGUAUAGGUCCGUCGUAUCUUAGGGAAUUUUUUGAAGAAAACGACUCAAUAAUGAGGUUGAAUUUCUAUCCUCCUUGCCAGAAACCCGAUCAAACUUUAGGAACUGGACCUCAUUGUGAUCCUACAUCCCUAACCAUUCUCCAUCAAGAUGAUGUUGGGGGCCUUGAGGUGUAUGUUGACAAUCAAUGGCGGUCUAUUCUUCCCAACACAGAAGCUUUUGUCGUAAAUAUUGGUGACACAUUUAUGGCUCUAUCUAAUGGAAUUUACAAGAGUUGUUUACACAGAGCUGUUGUAAACAAUCGUACACCAAGAAAAUCUCUUGCCUUUUUUCUUUCCCCAAAGAUGGAUAAAGUGGUGAGGUCGCCAGAGGCAUUAAUUAAGAUGGACGGUGCAAGAAAUUUCCCAGAUUUCACAUGGUCAACUUUCCUUGAGUUCACACAGAAGCAUUACAGAUCAGACAUGAACACUCUUGAGGCCUUUGCAGACUGGCUAAAACUUAGAAAUAAGUAAGAGGAUUAUAUAAAAUAAUAUGUGUGCAGCAGCACAUUAUGAUUGGGAGGAUUAAACUUGGUGAAGUGGAAAGGGACUGGGAAGAAUAGACUGAUAAAAAGGGGAUUGGCUAAGGCCUUGUUUAGCUGCUACAUUCCUGUACUACUAAUUUAGGAGUAUGGAUAUUCAAAACAUGUAAGAGGCAUAUUAUUAAAUAAAGAGAGUAAUGAAUUAAUCUUCAUCUUUA